ACUCAUCAGGAACUAUGGGACCAAGCUCUCACUUCCCCAACCCCCAAUUUAACCUCCCUAACCAUCGUUCACAUGGACUGUAGUACACCUAUCCUUCCAUUUGCACCCCGCAUCUAUCAGCUCGAUGCAAUGGAUUGCUCUUUUGAGCUAUGCCGCAGUCUACCGCAGAUCAAGUCGCUAAGAAUCGCAAACCCAAAGAACGAAACAAGAGUAGAUGCCCAGGGUAUCAUAUCGUUAAAACUGGAUACUAUUCAUGCAUCUGUCCAACUUCCAUCCGUCCUUCCAGCCCUUAAGGAGACUUUUAUGGCGGGCGACAUCGAUCCGAAAGCAAUAUUCGUACAUCCUUCAAGCUUCCUCAAGACGAGACUUGGGACAGCCUCAUGGGGGCGGCUCGUUGACAACCCCGAUGUU